GGAAAAUGAUGACAGGACUUAAACGCCCAUCAGGCAAGAUGUCUAUCGCCGAAGACUUUCUCACCCCACGAACACUACUCAUCGACAACAGCUUCUGCUGUCGUACCGACAAGUUCCAAAAGCUUACAAUAUCCUACAAGGAUGUGGAGGAUCUCCCCAGUACCCAGGAAUAUUUCAUGAUGAAGAGCGGCUUAACUUCCAUGGGAUGGAGUGCGAUUGUUACAUACAUACAACCGAUUGUGGAGGAGUUUUGGAAGGUCCAAAAUCUUGCCUUGAGCUUCGAAGAGGAAUUUAGUGCAAUAGGACGAGUAUGUGAUGGCAUUUGGGGGGCUUGUUCCACUGCCAAGGCGGAUUAUGAUGAGCUGUUCGAUGGUCUGGCCAAGCUCUACGAAGACCCCAGCAACGACAGUUUGCGUGUCAAGGUCACAGCCACUAUCGCUGACCGGUUGAACAAUGUCAGCAAUUUGUCUGAUCUGGCUACCAUGACUAAGGAGGAUAUGAACGAUUCCACGAUCAAUGCGACUGUGUCCCAGGCAACGCUUGAUCAGUUAUCUGAUAACCUGCAAAACCCGGAAGUCGAGAAACUCCUGCGUGAAUAUGUUUCGGACCCGGAGGAUCUCCAGGGUAAUCUAGACGCAGUGAUCUGGACCAGAAAUACCAUUUCGGGGAUUGAUCUGAAUGAUUCGUGCGGUCCACCCUUGGAUGAUCUGGAAAAGGCCGUGGGCGCCGUGGCAGCCAUUGCCGUUGACCUGCAGGAUGUGAAGAAGUCGCUCGAGGACGAUACUGAUCCAGCGCCGAGCCCCAUUCUCGAUCUUAAUGAGGCCAAUAUUCUUGAGUUGUGGGAUCAUCUGGCCGAGCAGGUUCGGGAGUUCAAAGCAAACUAUACCAAUACCUAGUGUUUCUCAUUGACGAUUAGGUAGAAUAAAUGCUAUAGAAUAUCUGUUCCUUCACAGGUUCAGUUUUAUUCUAUUCAAUUUGAU